GGAAGGAGGGAGGGAGGACGAGGGGGAGACCGUCUGUCGUGGGCCAGGGAACCCCUGUGAGUCAUACACUAGCCCCGUCUGAACCUCAGGACCUGGGGGUGGCUGGAGAGAGAGAGCUCUCUGAAGAGAUGCCCAGGUACACAGAGCUGAUUGAUGGUAGAGGGAAGAUAACAGCUAAGUUCAGAAAGGCCAUCAGACACCGCACUAAACCCGAGCCCCCCAUUCAGCUAGAGAGGAUGGAGGAGACAACCAAUAAAAUCAGCCUUGCACUAGAGAUCCAGAGGAAGGAGGAAGAGGAGGAGUCCAAGAGAAAACCUGAGUCGUCCCAGGACUGCCGGAGUCUGCCCUGCCUGAACGGGGGUACGUGUGCGAAGGGCGGCGACUCCUACAUCUGCGACUGCGUAGCCGGGUUCAAGGGCAGGCAGUGUGAGCUGUUCUGCCAGCGAGUGCCCCACCCGUGUACCCGUCUCUACUCUGAAACCAAGAGCGUGCCCGUCUGGGUGGGUGAAGUCUGCCAUUACCUGUAUAAAAUAACGUAUAAAGUCCAGCAGGAUAUUUGCUAUCGAGAGAUCUGUGGACCACCACUGCUUCCCAAGAAAAGCCCCAACAGAAGAACUAACAGACAACAUUAAUGAAAGCUAAUCUUGGAUGACCCAUGUUGACCCAGAGAUUGACCUAUUGGAUGACCCAUGUUGACCCAGAGAUUGGCCUAUUGGAUGACCCAUGUUGACCCAGAGAUUGGCCUGUUGGAUGACCCAUGUUGACCCAGAGAUUGGCCUGUUGGAUGACCCAUGUUGCCCAGAGAUUGGCCUAUUGAAUGACCCAUGUUGCCCAGAGAUUGGCCUAUUGGAUGACCCAUGUUGCCCAGAGAUUGGCCUAUUGGAUGACCCAUGUUGCCCAGAGAUUGACCUAUUGGGUGACCCAUGUUGACCCAUGUUGCCCAGAGAUUGGCCUGUUGAAUGACCCAUGUUGCCCAGAGAUUGGCCUAUUGGAUGACCCAUGUUGCCCAGAGAUUGGACUGUUGAAUGACCCAUGUUGCCCAGAGAUUGGCCUGUUGAAUGACCCAUGUUGCCCAGAGGUUGGCCUGUUGAAUGACGCAUGUUGCCCAGAGAUUGGCCUAUUGGAUGACCCAUGUUGCCCAGAGGUUGGCCUGUUGGAUGACCCAUGUUGACCCAUGUUGACCCAUGUUGCCCAGAGGUUGACCUGUUGUAGCUGCAGCUUGAAUGAGGAUUUGGAGGAAGCUAACAAGUGGAACAUGAUUGACCCCUACAACCAUCAAUGAGAUUUGGCCCCAGAAUCAUCAAUCAUUUCUAACUAUUCUAUGUCAUAUUUUUUUAAACAGAAAUUUCACUCAUGACGGAUGACAAAUGUACCAUAAACAGUUCACACCUGUGUAAAAUCAAAACAUUAUACAUACCUCAUGUCUCACAUACAGUGGGGCAAAAAAGUAUUUAGUCAGCCACCAAUUGUGCGAUUGGGAGAGGCCUGUAAUUUUCAUCAUAGGUACACUUCAACUAU